UUUGUUUACUUUUGAUUCAAACAAUUAUUUCACCAAAAAUCACUUAAAAUCGUAAUGAUUCGCAAAUCUAGCAACGAUUCAGGCUUGAUUCCAGCUCCUAAAAGACGGAGACACAAGAAUUUUGAUGUAAAACCAUUUCCAACAGACUGUAAAUUGAUUGCAACAUUCACUGGACUUGACGUUGAAAUUUUUGAUCCAAAAUCCAUAAAAAUAUUAGGUCAAUGCGGAAAUUAUGGGAAUAAUGCACUUAACUAUAGACAUAGGCAGCUGUUUGAUGAAGAAAAGAUCCCAAUAGUCUCACAGAAUGAUUAUCAGAGAAAAUUAAGGUGGAAAAAGAAAUAUUUGGAUGAUAAAUCAAGUCCAAUUGAAAAGUUAAUUAAAGUCGAGGAAGUAACAGUUCAAGAUCCAUUUCCAAUAAGUCAAUCUCAUGUGCUGAUUAUAGAGGAAGCAAUGUUCCUACAAAAAGAGCUGAAUUGUUUAGAAAUUAUGGAUAUCGGUGGUAAUUUAAUGACAACAGAAGAUUUAUGGAACGAGUUUUGUGAUUUAAAGCAUAACUUUGUUGAAUGCUAUGUAGGAUAUCUCUAUUUAAAGAGCAAAAACUGGGUCAUUAAGUCAGGAAUCAAGUUUGGUGGUCACUUCAUGACGUAUAAGCAUGGUCCGCAAUACUAUCAUGCAUCCUAUAUCGUGAAAAUAGUGACCAGUCCACGAACAUGUAAUGAACAUCAGACAAAUGAAAGAAUUGCUGAAGUUACUAAAAAAACAAUGCUUUAUCUUGAGGUUUAUCAUCCAGAGGACAUUGACAGCACGAAAUAUUUGGACAACCUUGAUAAAUUCAAAGUCAAGGAAGUCGUAAUUCAAAGAUAUGAUGUAAAAGAAAGAUUUAUGAGCUAAGACUAAAGUUUUAUUUAACAUUUUAUUCCUCUGAGUGCUUAUCAUCUCGAUUUUUCAGGUAAUCGCGAUACUUCUUCUGUAAUCCUGUCCUCCUAAAAUCUGAUCUUUCCUUUAGAUAUAUUUCUGUGCAUUCCCCAAUGAAUUUUUCGUCUUUGUACCAUUUCGUGAGACAUCCCCAAAGCUUUUCAUUCUGAUCUCUGCAUUUCACUACCUAAUAAUGAAUGAGAGACUUAAUGUGCUUAUAAUUGACAAAUGACUAAGUAGCUGCUCACCAUAAACACUGAAGCAUUUUUGCAACACUCUUCAAAAGCCGCAACUUCUUCGAUGCAUUUUUCUUUUUUUGCUUUAUCACGCAUGAUUUUGGGAAUCAACACUUCCUUUUCAACUUUACGUAGCUUACGAUCAUCUGGAUCGC